AUGUUCCCAGUUGUCUAUGAAUCGUUUGGCUUCCCUCGUCGCCACCACGGCUGCCCAAGCCUCUACCGUCCUCAACGUGAUCUCGAAGGCCUGGUCGAUGCCCUGAACACCGUCAGCACGAUUCAGAAUGUGAUGAACGCCGUGGAGAAGGAGCACAACGGCUACUACGUGAACAACGUCGAGUUCAACAAUGACGGCGACAUGACCGUUCACUGCGAAACCGAAGGAUUCAAGCCGGAAGAGCUCACGGUCGACCUGGAUGGUGAUGUUCUGAAGGUCAGUGGUCUGCACAAGGAAGAGAAGGAGAAUGAGCUGAUCGAGAGGACGUUCUCACGACAGAUCAGGAUCCCGAAGAACAUGGACUUGCAGAAGAUUGCUUGUCACAUGGAAGAGAAUGGCAAAAUGACCGUCACCGUGCCAGUCGUGCAAGCAGUCGAGCCAAAGAAACAGAACAUUCCGAUUCAGAUGAAGAAGGCCGAGGAGAAGGAAGCUUCGAAUAUCUAA